CAACCUUAGCUUGUAUAUUGUGAAUAGCGUCAUUUCUGCAACUCUUUGCCGUGUGCAACUCCCAAUCUCUCUCUCAAAAAGAAAAGAAAAGAAAAGAAAAGAAAUAGCUCCAAGCUCCCCGAUCCAAUGGAAAGUAUCGGAGCUUGAAACCCUGAUUUUCACCUCCCUCUCUGUCGCGCUCUUUCUCUCUGCUUCUCCUUCGAUCCAGGUAGCUCAUUCCUCGACAAAAACCCUAGUUUUGGAGCUCCAUUUAUUAGCUAAAAUGAAAACCUAGGAUUUAGAAUUUGUCUAAUUCGAUCUAAACUUGAACUUCUUUAUCUUAGGAAUUUUUAUAAUCAAGCGUUUUUUUAGACGGUUUAGGGUUCAAGAUUUCAAGUUCUUGAUCUUAAAAAGAAAGAAAGAACGAAUGAUUAGUGAUUUUUUGUACAUACGUGAAAUUCGAGCUUCAUUUUUGUGCCAAGUAAGGUUUUGUCCGUGUCUCUUGUGAAUUUAAUUGUGGAUGGAGCUGGAUCAGAUAAUGGUUUUAGCGUGAUAUUAGCUUGUAUUUGGCCAUUUCUUGGUUGGUACUGAAUUCGAUGUCUUGAAUCUGAUUGGAUAUGUGUUGAUGGGUUUUGGAUUAGCGAGAUAGACGAAUUUCUGGUCGUGAAUUAGCAAAUUUUGUUAGCGAACUUUACUGGGUUAUAUCGAGGAAUAGUUUUUGACAUAUAUAGUUGGUGAAAGCAGAGAGAUGGUGAUAGGAAAUAUGGGUAUUGCUUAGCGGAUGCGGGAUUUUGUAAAUUUGAGCUCACAUGUAGUGAUUAGUGGAUUAGAGAACGGGAGUGACUGAAUUGUGAUCGGCUGUCAAUAUAAUCAAGUUUUAGCAGAAUGAGUUUACAAAGUGGAGAUCUACCUGGACCGAAUCAGCACGUGGAAACGAGCAAUGAAUCACGAAAGAAGCUAAAAAUUUCAUAUACAAGAGAAUUUCUACUAUCCUUGAGUGAAUUGGAUGUUUGCAAAAAAUUACCAAGUGGAUUUGAUCAAUCACUUCUAAGUGAACUCGGGGACACUUCACAGGAUCGAUAUAGAAUUCCUGGCAGUGCAUCAUCACAAAGUUUUAGACGUAAUGAUUAUAGCUCAUCCCCACCCACUAGAGGGGAUUCAAGUAAUUUUUCUCGGGGUAUUCAUGGAAGGUGGGAUAGCCGUUCCUCUGGAAGGAGUGACCGGGACAGUGACUCACAAUCUGAUUGGGAUUCAGACGCUGGAAGGCGUUAUGGCAACCAAUCCCGGCGAUCUGGGCAAGUUCCUGAGCAUGAUGGACUUCUUGGAAGUGGUUCUUUUCCUAGACCGUCUGGAUAUGGUGCAGGGCUGUCAGCUCCAAAGUUUCGAUCUAAUGAUCAAUUCCAGCUCAAUAAGAGUAAUGAGCUGUAUCAACCACCUCGUCCUUAUAGGGCCAUGCCUCAUUUGCGUAGGGAAACUGACUCUCUUAAUGAUGAAACAUUUGGUUCUUCUGAAUACACGAGUGACGAUAGGGCAGAGGAGGAAAGAAAGAGAAGAGCUUCUUUUGAAUCAAUGAGGAAAGAACAACAUAAAGCUUUUCAAGAAAAGCAGAAACUGAAUCCAGAAAAGUCUAAAGAUGCAUCUGAUGUUACUGAGUUACUGGAGGACUCAAAAGAUAAUAAAAGACUUCUGAAUGGAAGCAAUGAAUUGGACAAGACAGUGAUCCAGCCUAUGCCAGUUAAUGAUCCUGAUAAGCCUCUAUACCCCUUACAAGCUCCUGUAUCUAGACCUCUUGUGCCCCCAGGAUUUUCAAGCGCCAUAGUAGAGAAGCAUGCUGGAGCAAAAUCUUUAACCAAUUCUGAUCCCUCAGAGGUUGACAUUGAACUUGAGGGAAGCCUUUUGCAAAAAAAAGGUACUCAUGUUUUAGAUGAGACUUCAAAUAAUCAAGAUGGAAAACAAUUUUCGGAGGAAAUGGAUUUGAAUGCGCAGCAUUCUAGAAGCCCAAGUGCUUGUGUUUCUGUUGAUAACAAGAGCGAAAAUAUUCUGAAUUUAGCAGCAGCUUUGGAUGUUUCAAGUAAAAGAAUUGGUUCUAAGACUUCUAAUCUUCCAGAAGCCUUUAUAGAUUCUGAGAACAGUGAAGCAAUAGAUCUUGGUGCUGAGAAUGUGCCAGGGAAUAAAAAUGUGGGUGAAUCUGGAUCCCAUUCAACCUCAAUUCUGGACAAGCUUUUUGGCAGUGCUUUAACACUAAAUGGUACUGGUUCCUCCAGUUUCAUCGAGCAUCAUGAUGUUAAAGCAGAUGACCCACGGAGCCCUCAGACCGGUCAAUCUUCCAAGUUUGCUCAGUGGUUUAGUGAAGAAGAAAAGAAACCUGUUGACAAUCUCGCAUCUGGCAGGCCAAAUGAUUUGCUCUCACUAAUUGUUGGUGGUGAAAAGGGUGGAUCCCAGGUUAAAACUACUGAUCACAUGCUGCCAACCUUUCCCUUCCAAAGCUUUGAACUUGCAGACAGGCAUUUGACAUCAAAUCAAAAGUCUGUCAGCGUUGAAAAUAAUGAGGAAUUGUCCAUCACUGGUAAACUAGAUGCAGCUCCAGCUGUACUUACAUGUGAAGACCUUGAACAAUCUAUUCUUUCAGAAAUUACAGAAAAUGGUUCGGCUUUGCCGCCACCUGUGUAUGGCUGGGGAGGUGGUGAUGUUAAGGCUGAGCAGCAGAAAGCUGAUGUUCAUGCAUCCCAGCACCUUCUUUCCUUGUUACAGAAGGGGACAGGCCUGAAUAAUUUAGCACCAUCUGCCAAUCUAGGGAUCAGUGCUACAGACAGACAACAAAAUAGUGGGGUGGCAAAUCCAAGCAAGGCAGCUCACAAGCCAAGACAUGCAGAUGCUGAAAACAUUCCCAAUUCAGGCAAGGCUUUGACACUUGAAACACUUUUUGGAACUGCUUUCAUGAAGGAACUGCAAUCAGUAGGAGCACCUAUUUCCAGCCAAAGGGACUUGAUUGGAUAUGCUAGAGAUGAUGCUUCAGAGUCUCAUGGGUUACCCCUUCCUGUAAUAGAUGAUGGUCUCCUUCCUCCAACAGUUGAAAUUCCGUCGAGCAUGUCUAGUCAUGGAAGUGGUGUCUUAGCAUCAAAGCAAAGACAGCAAAUUGUGUUGGAUAGGACUGAAGAGCAUUUGUUAGGCUUUGAUCCUCAAAAUAAAGUGGACUCUUCACAUCUUCGAACUGAAAUGAGCUCUAAGCUAGGUGGCUUUGAUGGGUCUUAUGAAAUUCAACUUCCUGAAGAGGAUAGCUUGAUUGCAGUCAGUGACCCUUUGAAUCUCCGAAACUUUCUACUUGCUAGGAAUUCAACUAAAUCUGAGUUAAUGCCGAUUCCAGGGACAUCAGUUGACAUUGCUGAGAAACUUGCAGCUUUGAAUUCUGGAUUCAGGGACGAAAGGCCUAUUGUAGGUCACAAAGGUCCACCUUUUCUUCGUGGUCCUUAUGAUAUGAGGGAGCCUGAUGUUCAUUAUCAUAAUCUCCAUGUCCAGCCAUCUUCUCCCCAGCUUCAGCCUCAGUUGAAUCGUCCAGGGCCAAUGUUCCAUCCAUUAGACUCUCAUCCUGCUAAUAUGAAUGCUCAGAUGAAAUUGGUGGCCCCAGAGAACAUUCGCCAUGAUACUCCUAAUCAUCAAUUCCCAGAAAAUAUGCUUCGUCCCCCUUUCCAUCACCCUAGCAGUGCACUGACUGGAUUUGAUCCUACUACGCGUGAUUCUAUGUUACAUCAAUUGCAUAUGCGUGGCAAUUUUCCUUCUCCACUCCUACGACGUGAAAUGCCCAGGGGUGCGAUUCCGCUUCCACAUCCCAACAAUCAGGUGACUGGUUUUAUGCAGGAAUCAAGUCCAAUGCAAGGUUUCCCUAUUGGUCAAAGGCAGCCCUACUUUGGUGCCCUUGGAAUUCCACCUCAAGCUAACGAUGGUGGUGGUGAAAGCAAUCAACCGGAGGCACUCCAAAGGCUGAUCGAGAUGGAACUCAGGUCAAACUCUAAGCAAAUUCACCCCUUCGCCACUCCAGGCCAUGGUCCAGGGAUAUAUGGACACGAGUUAGACAUGAGUUUUGGAUAUAGAUAGUGGAUUUCGUGUUGUGUGUGGCGAUGCAUUCAUGAUAUCAUGCUUGGAUCCACAUGGCAUGGUAAAUGGGUUUGAUAUGCUUCUUCGGAAGGGAUUGCCAGUGGUUGGAUGUAAUUAAAUGGUAUUGACUGCAAAAUUGGCAUCUAUUUGGGACCUUUGCCUUGCUUUUUUCAUAUUUGAAAACACCUCCCAUCUUCCUUCCUUAGAA